AUGGUCGAUUACGUCGUACUCGUACCUGUGGGUUCCAAGAUGCAGACACUACGGCACGUCGAGGCUGAUGUAGUAAACGCAGACAUCAAGUCUGCCGGGUCUAUUGGAGCUGGUGGUGUGGAGUUCUUGCCAUUCUACAACUAUGGAGGCGAGCUUGGGGAGCCCCCAACAGGAGUCAACUGGUCCACUUACGGGUUUGGAACUCCGGCUUUCCUUGAGUUAUUCACAUCAGCUUUGGAGGCCCAUAAGGAGGCUGGUAUGGUAAUGGACUUCGCACUUGGGCCAAAUCAAGGGCAAGGCAUUCCGGCUCACCCUGAUGAUGAAGGUCUACAAUGGGACUUGAUUUCAAACAGCCAGACGAUUCCUAGAGGAGGAGGUUUCAACGGAACCAUCCCAGGCUGGUCAAGUGGAGAGCUUGUGGCCGCCGUCUCCGCAAUCGUUGUAUCUCGAACGAACGUCACUUACAAUGUGACCGGGAUACUAGGUGUGACAAAGGUGACAUAUGAGGACCUAGUCUUACAAAAUGAUUCCCUAAUAGACAUCACAUCGAUGAUAUCCGAAAAAGGCAGAUUGAUUCUGAAAGCACCUUUGAACUUGCCGUAUGGACAUGACCAAGAGCUAUUCUUCUUUUACCAAAAGCUCUCGCACAAUCAGAACGUUCAUUUCGCGUCCAAUACGACCGCUACCAUCUGGGAUAAUGGGUCAUACGUAGUUGAUCAUUUUAGCGCUCAGGGCGCUAGGACAGUGCAAGCCUUCUGGGAAGAAUAUAUUUUGACGGACAACGUCAAAUUCCUCUUGCAAGAGGUUGGACAUUACGGCAUGUUCAGAAAGAUGUUUGGCUACGACCUCCGAACGUACUUUCCCCUGGUCAUGUUCGGGAACAACAACAUAGGUAUCCAGAACUACGCCCCUGGUAGCGUCCGCUGCACCUUGGAUACGCCAGAUCAGGGACAGGCUUAUGUUAGUGACUAUCGCGCGACUCUGACAGCAGGGUAUCAAGAGUACCUGACCACCCUGUCGCAAUGGCUUCAGAGUCUAGGUGUGAGACUCUCUGCUCAACCUUCUUAUAACUUGCCGAUGGACAUGGAAGCAUCGAUACCCUACGUCGAGGCCCCUGAAUGCGAGAGUCUCGGGUGGCACGACAGCGUAGAUGGCUACCGGCAGUUUUCGGGCCCAGCGAACUUGGCCAGAAAAAGGAUCAUCUCCAAUGAGCUGGGCGCGGUCUUCAGUCGAGCUUAUAGCCUCACGAUCCCAGAGUUGUUGUUCUCCAUGAACCGUGCUGUUGCAGGUGGUGUGAACCAGUUCGUCAUCCACGGGCAAUCUUACACUGGCAACUACCCCCAGACGACAUGGCCCGGAUUUACUGCAUUCAGUUAUUACUUUUCCGACUUAUACUCUCGGAAGCGGCCUGACUGGAACAAUGGCCUUCAAGCAGCCUUGGACUAUGUAGCAAGGACUCAGCACAUUCAGCAGAAAGGGGUUCCGCGCACUGACAUCGCGUUCUACAACAAGCAAAGUGCGACUAAUCCAAACAUUGUCACGCUAUAUAACUUUACUGAUCUCAUUUCUGGAGGAUGGUCUUAUUCAUACUUAUCACCCGACAACUUUAAUUUGCCACAAGCAUAUGUCGACAACGGCAUCCUUGCACCUGAAGAUGCGAAGUUCCAAGCCAUGGUUUUGCUUGGUUCUCAGAAUAUCACUCAAGCCUCUUUGUUCCAACUGAGGGAUUUCGCGGACUCCGGACUACCCAUUGUUGUGGUGGGCUCCACUCCGGGACAUUAUCUUACCAGGAACGCGACAGUCCCUGGUGACCAGGCUUUCAAUGAUACGUUGGCCGAGCUCCUGAGCCAUUCAAACGUAUAUCAUGUUGCCGAGGGCGAGCUAUCCCAGAAACUUGACUCGUUGAGUCUCAAGCCACGCGUCGCAGUGCAAACCAAUGGCACGUGGUACACGACAUGGCGGGAGGACACUUCGGAUGGUUUUGGUUAUGCAUACAUUUUCAGCGACACUAGCCCAGCAUCUGGCAAUAUUGUGGUCAGUUCCAUCGGCACACCUUACUUUUAUGAUGCAUGGACAGGAACUCGUGAGCCUGUCUUGAACUUCCAGACUAAUGGCUCUACCACUAUCAUUCCUCUCGACCUUGCCGGAAAUCAGACAAAGAUUAUUGCGUUUGCCCAACAACCUCUCGAGGGAGUUACAGCCCCAGGAGUUCAUGUCACAGAUUUGUCGUCAAAUGUCGUUGGGCUUGCCGCAGAGAACAAUAGCCUUGUGUUGCAUAUUGCUGCAUCCUCUGAUUCAACAUUCGUCACCUUGUCAACCAGAAGAGAAAUCCAUCAUACUAGCCAAGCGCCGGCCUCCUUCAAACUGGAAUCAUGGGUUCUAGAGCUGGAGCAUUGGGAGGCGCCAAGUAAUUUGAGCGACGCAUCCAUCACCGCCAUCAAGACCAAUACGACGCACCACCUCACCGAAUUGGUCUCGUGGAACGACAUCGAAGCGGCAACAAACACUUCUGGAGUAGGCUAUUAUUACACAAACUUCACGUGGCCACCAGUUUCAAUUGCUGGCUCUACCAAUAGCACGUCUCUGGGAGCUUAUAUAAAGUUUCCGCCGGUUCUGGAUGCCAUCACAAUCCACGUCAAUGGCGCUCGGCUUCCUCCCCUGGAUUAUACAAGCCCCACUGCCGACGUCACGCCGUAUCUGGUCAAUGGAAGCAACCAAAUUGUCGCGGUAGUUCCAAGUACGAUGUGGAACUAUCUUCGCAGUAUUUUGCCGGACCUCCGGAGCGCAGGUCGAGAAGUUUCGCAGUUUGCUGCACUUCCGAAGACUAAUAAUGGAUUAAUUGGGGAGGUGACUGUGGUGCCUUUCGAGAUUGUACAUGUUGGGAGCUAG